CCACGGCCAGCGCCGACGGCUUGGCCGAAGCCCUGGUUUCCGGAGGCAGCGGGUCCGCCACCGUCGACGUCUUCGACGAAAGCGUGGACGGAAAUGCGGUCGCCGAGGCGAAUUCAACGGCCGACUCUCGUGGAGAUUUCAGAUCCAAGUCCGUCACCACCGCCAGUGGCGAGGCAACAGCAGAUUCGAGCAACACUCCCACGGGGAACGCAACUGCGACCGUCAACGUCGCGAGCAACGCGUUCACGGGGAGGGAAUCCAGCGCCAACACUACCGGCAGCACGACAGCCAAGUCCGGAGCAGAGGGAGGAGACGCCGUUGCCAAUACAGACGCCCGGUCAAAGGCCGCCGGGGGCCCCACUGGCAGCUCCAACACCUUGGUCGGGUCUGAUGCGACGACCUCGGGAGACGCCACUGCGGUCGCGGGGGAGGGGGGGACGGCCAACGCGUCGGUUGGGGGAACGUCCCAGGCUUUUGGCACGGAGAGGUCCAAUGCCACUUACUCCGGCACAGCGGUUGCUGUUUCUGGCGAGGGCGGGCAGUCCAACGCCGACGUUGGCGCUGGUACGAGCACCUUUGCCGUAGGGAGGGGCUCCCCGUCCAGUGGGGUGGCCACGGCGAGGCACGAGGCCAACGCGACGGCAGUAUCGGGUGCUGGCGGCAAAGCGGACGCCAACGCGAUAGGUGGAGCCGGCGUGUUCGCAGGCGACGGCUCUGUCGCUUCCGGCGAUUCUGCGGCAAAGGCGGACGUCGGGGGAGAGGCGGCUUCUGCCAAGGGGUCGUCGACGUUCGAGGUGACAGAGACGGGCGGCAAAGGCAGCUCGAGCGGACACGCGGAAGGCGAGUGGGCGGUUGCCUCCGCCGUCGCGGACACGCGCACCGGAGGCCUUAGGAGGGGAGGCGCCACUGGAAGGGGCAGCGCCAGCGCCGCGGACGGUAGUGCCACCGCCAACGCCACACACACUUCCGUGGGGUUUUCCGGGCGCUAG